CUGGUACUUCCUCCCCAGACUUGGCUGGCUCCAGCCUGCAUCCAUCAUGCAUCCUACAAGCCUCUUCUGUGAGCUGCUGCUCUUCCUGCUCUCCCCAGGCCUUGUUGUGGGGGCUGCCCUCCAUGCAAUGCACUGUGCACCAUGCACUGAAGAGAAGCUUGCACUAUGCCCGCCAGUGCCUGCUGGGUGUCUCGAAACAGCGCAGCAGGCCGGCUGCAGCUGCUGCCACACGUGCGCCCUUCAGCUGGGGGAGUCUUGUGGAGUAUACACAGCACGCUGUGGCCAUGGGCUCAGCUGCCAGGUGCACCCAGGAGAAGGCCGCCCCCUCUAUGCUCUCACCCAUGGGCAAGGCACCUGCCAACCUACGGCCGACACAACAGAGACUUCAGAGUCUAUGGAACCUGAAGGCAUUCCCUCUGAAGAUGCUGAAAAUAAUGCCGAUCAAUUGUUCCACUAUCAGCUGAUGCUUCCUGAGGACCAAGACAAGUCUGUCCCUUGGAAUGAAAUCAGUGCCUCUGAAAGCAUGAAAACAAAGGAACUUGCUGAACUUAAGAAGUGGAAGGAACAGGGGCCAUGCAAAAGAGAACUCUACAGAGCACUAGAUAAGUUAACAAGAGCUCAACAGAGAACAGGAGGCGAGAUAUACCAUUUCUAUUUACCCAACUGUAAUAAGAAUGGAUUUUACCAUAGCAAGCAGUGUGAAAGUUCUCUUGAUGGAAAUCCUGCAAGAUGCUGGUGUGUCUACCCAAAAAAUGGGAAGAGAAUUCCUGGAUCUCUUGAAAUGAUAGGCGACCCUGAAUGUGAACAGUAUCUCAGCUCACAGGAAUAGGACCAAGCAUUUAACAAAUUUUGUACAAGUAUAUAUUGACUGUUUUGCAAGUAAAGUACCCAAUUGCAGAGCCAGGGAAACCAUCCAUCAACAACUCUUUAAGCAUGUGAUUGCUCAGAUACCUUAUCCAUGCAUUUACAUAUCAGGGAUGGAUGAACUGUCAAUUUUGGUUUCUCUCUGCUUCUCAUUUUUCUGAUCUUAAGCUCAGUUUCACCUGAGCUUUGAGUAUUUUUAUUUUUUAAAAGUUUGCAUGAAAAUCCAUAUGCAUUUUCAUGUACACUUUUCCUAAUACAUACAUUUCUGUAUGAAAUGUUGCCCAAUACACAUUUUUGCUGCCAUCAUCAGCAUCAGCAUCAUCAUCUUAUGUUAUUUCCCCUAAUUCAUGUGAAUGCAUUUUAAUUGGCAAACUCCACCAUAAAAUUUAGAGAACUCCAAGUUUUCAAGGAUAACUGAGUAUUGGCUCAUACAGAUGAUCAAAAAUGUGAAAUUCGUUAGGUUCACAUUAAAAUGCCACUUUUUAGCCUCCCCAGUAUUGUCCGGUUCAUAAGAAUGCUGAAUUAUUUAUUGUAUAUUUUUAUUUGGUUUGUCCGUGUUCUUAACUUAUAUAUCUAUAUUCUUCAACCAUUCAAAACUAUAUAUGUAAAUACUUAAUACUGUUUCUCUAAAAUAUGCACUUUUCUGUUUUCUAAAAGCAAAGUAUCUCAGUUAACACAAAAAUGUAUGGAGAAAAAUACUUGUUAGAAAUUAAUUUUGUAUCAUGUAUUUAUACCUUUAAGAAAUUAGUAUGACACAGACCAUAGUUUAAGUAUUUAUUUAAAACCCUUUUUAUUUGUAUAUCCUGUUAGUUUUGCACCUCCACUUUGCUUUAAAUGUCUGUGUCAAGGUGUUCUAAAUUUGCGGUGGGGGGGGUGACCUUCAUACACAUGCACUACCUUUGUAUUGUAGAACUGAAUAAAUAAUAGACUGUAAAGUAUAACAUUUAAUGGGUGUAAAUGUUCAUAAGUUGACUUGUCAUGUUAUUUAAGAUGAAAUAUUAAAUCAU